CAGAACUUACAGUCAAUCUGGAUAUUCAAGGCCCCAACUCAUGCUUGAACAUAUAAACUUGAUUUGGGACUCCAUACAAUAGAUUGGUAGAUCAUUUUGUACAAAGAAGUUGAGCCUAUUCAAAAAACUAAAGGUAAGAAGAUUCUGAUCCCAACAUGUUUCUAUACACUCUAGGUUUGGAUUGAAAGAUGGUACCCACUUUGAAGGAUUUCCACUGCUUCAGGCCUGGCCCCUUCCAAAGUUUAAGAAAUGCAUAGUCCAGGUUGCAUCCCUGCUUUUAAUCCAUCCAGUCGGACCGGCAUGCUAGCACCAGUACCUGCAUUGUUCAUAAGAUAGGAGGCAAUCUGCACCAUCCUCUUUGUACAUGUUUCAAACUCAUGGCAGCCGAGCUGGUGGCGAAAAAACGGAUUCAUAUCUUUGGCCACAUCACACCCUAUGAUAAGUUUUGGCCCAAUGGCCCUCUAGCACAUGGCAAAAGGUAUAUUUUGGCAAAAAGUGAGUUGGGUUUCUCACUUCCAAUUUAAACAAUUCAAGCCUCAAGGGCUACCAUUCUCAGGGAAAAGGUGAAAUAUGGGACUUAUGCACAUGGGGACACAUGACAACUACAUACAUGGUUAAUUUAGAUGUUUUCUAUGGUUGGACUCCUGGAUUUGCCAUGGAGAACCCUGGCACCACAGACUGCAGAGACAUAAAGGGAACACAUUAACUAUGCUAACGAAGUCUGGUAGGUCUGCAGGAGCUUCUCCCAUGUUCCUUCUUCAAUGAGAGAUGGCCAUGAGGUAUGGAGAGGACCACCACCCAAUACCUUCUCAUACCUAACCAUUCCUUUCCUAGAUGGGAACCAGACUGCUUUCAUAGUAUUUCAUACCCUUCACUGUAUCCUUUAUGUGUUUAUGAUUUGUUAUAGGGGGGGCAGAGGGCAUUUUGAUCUUUCCAAAACCCUCAAUCAGUUCCAAUGUGCCACAAGUCACUAGCUUUGAGAAGUGAAUAGAGACGAUUAAGUUUUAAGCAUCACCCACCAAGGACCUACCUUCUUCAACACCUCACAUGCUGCCACUAACUGCUCCACCCUAACAAUUUAAUGGUGGGGGCCAAGGGGUCGUAGCCCAGAAACCAGACCAACUUUUUUUUUCACUGUUAAUAGAUCUCUUUUUCUUUUUAGUCUAAUUUCAGGUGGCCUGUAGAAACAGCUCAGAUGGAUGAGAAUAAUGGAGGGUCAGUUCUCUGUCAUGUAACUGUUUCUUCUUGUACCACGAUCCCGCCAUGAUUGCUGCAGGAGAGCACCAUGCUUAUUUUAAGUGAGAGACACUUAUCAUCAGUACAGUGAUACAGUCUUCAAUUGGGUCAAAGCAUUUCACUUCCCCUCAACCACUAGAGAUGAUAAAGUAAAAGUCAUCAGACUCAGACCCCUCUUUUCAAUGAAAAUCAAUUUCCACAUCUUGCUUGAGUUGGGAGUGUUGAAAAGAUCAUGACACCCUCAAAAGAAGAUCUCUCUAUGCCCCAAUACCUCAUUGUCCUAAGCCCUACCCCUCACACCAUUAAGUCCAAAUGAAACCAUCUCUCUUUCUCCUCCAUAAACAAAUCUCUUUCCGAGGACCCCCACCUCCUUCUCUCUUUCUCUUUCUCCAUUCAUCUUUGAACAAGGUCCUCACAUCAGUAGCCACCCAACCAAACUCUUACCUGUCCCAUCUAACCAUGUAAGAACAAGUGUCACAUGGUGAGUUCAAGGUGUGCACCUAUCAGCAGGUACCAGACGUCUUAUAUCCCCUGUUUUCGCCUACUUGGCGGUCCCUAUCAAUGACUACCAUGAGUCACCCACAAAGCUCCCACCCCAUUAUUGAAUAAGAGAAGGCAAGAAGAGAGGGUUGGAGAAUAGGGGCCACCUAAAUGAUGGAUCCAAAAGAUUAAGUACAGAAUGAGGUGCAAUUAUUCAAUCCAUGGAUUUCAUCCUAAGCAAGAAAAAAAAAUCCCCAAAAACAGAAAAAUAAAAAGAAGUAUAAUAAUAGAACUAUUUCUUACCAUAGCUCUAGUUGAUUGAUUCCCAUCCUCAUUGACAGUGAUGCAGAGGAAAGAAAAGGGAGUACUCAUUCUCCUUCCCAAUUAAUAAAUAUUCAUCACUUAAUUUCUUCUAUUGCUGUUCCUUCUUUCUCUCUCUCUCUCUCUCUCUCUCUCUGUGUCUGUGUGUCUGUGUAAGUUGGGAGCUAUAGAGAGGAAGACAAGAGCUAUGAAGAAUAGUAUCAGAUGCUGCAUCUCCUGCAUUCUUCCAUGUGGAUCUCUCGAUGUAAUUCGGAUAGUACACUCAAAUGGCCAUGUCGAAGAAUUCAGUAGGACAAUUCAAGCAGGGGAGAUCAUGAAGGCACACCCUAAGCACGUCUUGAGGAAACCUUCCUCGCCAUCGGAGUCCAACGACGGAGUCGUCCCAAAAAUCGUGAUAUUGCCUCCUGAUGCUGAGCUUCAACGUGGGAAGAUUUAUUUUCUCAUGCCCAUGAACUCACCACCCGAGAAGACUAAGCCUACAGGUUCAAACAAGAGGAAGAAGAAGAGAGAACAGGAGAGCAAUGGAAAUUCUUCAAUUGCCGUAGCAAAGCUUCUGAUAUCUGAUCAGUACCUGACCGAGAUCCUGUCGGAGAAGAUAUCCACACAAAGAGAUCGGAGGCGAGGGCGUGUCGGUAUCUGGAGACCUCAUUUGGAAAGCAUCUCUGAGGCACCAAGUGAUCAGUAUUGAUGAUAAAAGGAAUGCGAAAUGAGUUGGUGGGAUCUGAUAGAUGGUUAAUUGGUUCAGAUUUACCCCAUCAAGGCAGCAUGGCAUGCCUGCUUAUCGGAUCGGACUCUAAGGUGGUGUUCGGUAUCGUGGUGUUUUUUCGGAGCAUCAACAUCAAUUCAACGCCGCAUUUAACAGAAAAAUGUUCAAUUCAUUGUUUGAUUUUUUUUUUUGUACUUGAUACAAUACACACUAACUUUUCAACCUAAUUGAUAAUAGCAGGAUUUGAAUCCUACUUCUCUGGUGGGACUACCCAGCUAACAUGCUAAUCGAGCCACCACUCAGUUGAUU